CGGGCCGCCGCGACGCGCGACGACGUCGCUGCUGCAGCGGGAGUGAAAAAUGGCCGCGAACGUGAGAACAGAAAUGCGGAUCCCGACGCGCGCGGCGCCUCGUCCUCCGGCCCACGGUGGGACCCAGAGGGACCCGAUCUGGGGAAGCAGCAGUGACAUAUUUGCCAGCGCUCUCACUGCGACUCAGCCUGUGCAGAAGAAGAAACCGCCCCCCAGGCCACCACCUCCCAAGUUCAACCUCAAUCACAUGCAGUACCAGAGGGACCAGCAGAAACCAAGAAAGCCAGCCAGGCCGACGGAGCUGUUGACCAACUUCUUCGGGCGGAAGAAGCAGGAGAACUCUCUGCCAUUACGUGCCACUGGCCAACUGGCGAAUCCGCCAUCGCAGUCUGCAAACUCCAGCAUGACCAUGUCUCUGAUAGACCUCAGUCCACCCGGAUCGCCGACGUUCACGACUCGCUCCAGUAGCGACGGAGUCAGUGUCGAUAGCUUCGGCAGUGACGGGAAUUCCAACCCGUCUGUGUUCACGAGCAGCGGGAACACGUCGCAGACGGAAAGUGCCUUCGAGGAUGAUUUUGACUUUUUCGGCUUGUCCGCCAAGAAAACGAUGCUGAACGACCCGUGGCAGGCCAAGGCAACAGCGCAGAACCCGUUCGAGCCGCUGGACGAUGCAUUCUCGAACGGCGCUGGCGACACGUGCCUCUUCUCCCUCAACUCCAACAUGAACCGCGUUGCGAACCAAGUGCCUUCUAUUCAGACCAAGCCUCUUCCCAUCACGUCGAUGCCCACGAUAAUACGAGCGAGACCUCCCAAGCCGCCAGCGCCGAAGAUACUCUUGAAGAAGCUCGAGCCGAUAGCUAAAGACGUAUGCGCUGGUUACAAAGCGCCGAGCGAUACGCCGAGUAAACCGUCAACGUUAGGUUUCGAUGUUCCGGUCGGCGGCACGGUGAGCAAGCCGUUGACGUUGGACUUCUCCAACGCGUGGUACAGCAACUACGGCGACGACGACGGCGACAGUCCAUCGCCGCCUAUGCCGACGAUUCCGCCGCCAGCGCCGCCGGCAGAUUACCUGUCGGAAUUGAACGGUGACGUCGGGGUAAACUCUGACAAGCCUUACGGUAUCGCGCUGUACGACUUCCCAGUCACUCAUCCCGACGACCUGCCCCUGAAGGAGGGCGAUGUCGUGCACCUGGUGAAGAAGAUAAACGACGACUGGCUGGAGGGGAGAAUAGGAAAUCGCCAGGGGAUGUUCCCGUUUAGUUUCAUCGAUGUGAAAGUACCUCUGCCGGGCUUGCCGGGCAACGUGGUCACGGCGCUUUACACUUUUCAGGGAGAGAGCGGCGACGAUUUAUCGUUUGAGGAGGGGGCGAAGAUUACGGUCAUAUCGAGGAUAUCGGAAGAUUGGUUGUACGGUGAGUACAACGGUAAGAGAGGGCAGUUCCCGGUAAAUUAUGUGAACAGACUUCCGCAUAAUAUCUAAGGACCCGCGCCACGAGUAUUUUCUACCGAGGGUAUUAACGAUACGAAUAUUCCGGGAGCCUCCAUAUUGCAAACAUUAUUUAGAACUAUUAGAUGAGUCUUUGUAAAUUUAAGAGAAAGAGCAGUAAGCAGAAAGGAAAAAAAAACAUCUUUUAUAGUAAAAUUUUGUGCACGGGGAAAGAAUGCAAAUUUUAGAAAAUUUUACCAACGGAAAGACUGAAUUAUAUAUACGAUUUUUUAUCGUCGCGUUUGAAUAAGAAUGAUCUUCGGAAAGAUGGCGUUUUGUUACACACGUGCACUGGUGAUGUUUCAAAUCAAUCGAGUUCAUUUCAUUUUUAAAGAUUUUGUGCUUUAUAUUGUUUGCAAUAUAUUAUAAGGGAUGUUUCUGCUGAUAGGCGAAUUGCAUAUGUUUGUCUCUUUUUCUCCUUUUCAUAUCAGAACUUAUCACGCAUCCGAGAAAACAAAGAGAUCGAUUCUGUGACAUCUUUAUGCAUCUUUUGUUCUUUUCAAAUCAUAGAAGAAAAGAUAAAAAGGGGAAUAUCUGUAUGUUUGUCAUUUUCCACGUCCGACUAAGGUCGAGUCUAAUGUGGGUUCUUUGAGAAUUUUAUUUAUCCAAACAUAAUCUUGUAAGAAUAGAUUUCAAACUAUUUUGUCCUUUGUUGUAUACAUCUAUAUAUAUAUAUAUAUAUGAAGUAAUUAUUUAACUUUUAGUUAUGCUUGUAAGACAUAAAGUAGCCAAUGGUCUGCCAAUGUGUACAAAUAAUGCGCUAACUUAUAAAAGAAUAGAAGUCCCUUUAUUUUGUUUAAACGUUCAUCUCUCUCGUGUGUGAUUCGAAGAAUUUGUUCUUCAUCGUCAAAUUUAUGAGCAAUCAAAUGAAAGAUAUUCUUUAUCGCGUGGUUAAUGUAGGUAGGAUAUUAUCUUCUAGAAAUCUUUAGACAUAUAGGGUGUAUAAAAAGAUUCCGGGACGACGAAAUAUCUCGAAAACUAAACGUUUUAGAAAAACAAAUGUUUCGGACAAAAGUUGUAUGGCUUCAAGGGGGACAUAGAAUAACUGUAUCAUUUUAUUUACAAAUGACGCCACUUUCGAGAUAUUCACUGAUCAGUACUUCGCUUAAAUGGAAAUCCCAGUUUUUUAUUAUAUCAUGUUUUUCUACUAAUUUCUACUAAUUUGGGUAACUUUUGUCU